AUGGAGGAAGAUCCAAACGGAGAGGUCAUGACGACUGAUUCAACAGGCAGUCAGAGACCAGAAGAUGGAACCCAGCUCCCGGGUCAAUCCGCAACUACAGAAAUGGCCACUUCUUGCGAUGGCGCCACAGACACACCGAAGCCUAUCAAGGAAGAGUUCCAAAGUCAAAUGAUGCCUCCUUCCAAGAGAACAGCCGCCGAUGCAUCCAAUAUGGACACCAAUGGCAGGCAAUUCAAGAAGGCACGAGUGGAGGAGAUUGUGGACCAAGUUGUUGGAGCAGACGUCAUGGAGACGGACCCCGUUGGUGAUGACCAACAGGUUGAUCUACAGCCUCCAACAGAAAUCACGAACGGCAUAAAGCGCGCCGAAAGCCAGCAAGACAUGGAAAACACCAAGGGCCAUUACAAUACGACCAUGUCCCAGCCAGACGCUGGCAGUGAUGAGAGACAGGUCAACAAGCCUAAGUCUUCCAAUAAAGGCAUUUCUGAUUCCGAGGCCCGACAGGUUACCAUCAAACAAGAAGUCGACGACACGGUGGAAGCAGGCACCAACGAUAACCUCAAUCAGAUCAAUGAGCAAAACAGCGUGCAAAACAGCAAUAGUGACAAUUGUAUUCCGGAGGCUCUAGUGGAAGAAACGAAAGAACAUCCUGAGAUAGAGAUGAUGGAUGUCGACGCCGCAAACGAUCACCGACAGGCUGAUGUGCGACAACUGGAAAGCACCAGCAGCGAGAAGCCCGCAGAAAAGACAGGAGAGGCGUCAAACAUUACGGAACGCCGCGAAAAUAUCCAUAAUAAGGAUCGAACUGCCAAGGUAUCGGAUAUUGUCAUUAAACAAGAAUGCGAUGCAAAUAUAGCCGAAGAAGCUUUGAACAAUGCACCAAAUCAAACUCAGGACCAACACGGCGCGCCAGUUCACUACAGUGACAAUCUCACCAAAGAGGCUCGAGUGGAAGAGGUAUUCCCAGAACCACCUUACAGCAAUCGGAGCAAUUCCAAGAAUAACAAGGUCCGCGCCGAUGCCGGUAUGCAGCAGCUUCCUCACAAGAGAGAUAAUAGAAGGGUCUUGAACAAAUCGAACGCCGCCAACCCCCCGCAAUCUUGUGGUGCUGGCGACGAAAAAAACAUCACAGAAAUAGAUCCAUUCAAGAUCAAAGGAGCCACUAAAGAAAAGCAGUUUGUUGCCUUCCGAGAGGCGGCUGAUCCGAGUUGCCCGAAAAACCAAGUUUCACGGGACAUCGCGGACAUCAACGCCGGCCUUAAAAGCUUCGGGAAAAGAGAAUUCGUUGGCUACCAAGACAAGUGGCACCACCGCACAUUGAAUUUUGGCUUAUACAACGACCAAAUGAUAGGCGUUGCGCGCAUGAAGGAGCUGGAGAAGAGCGGCAUGGGGGGCUUAUUGGCAGAUCAGAUGGGAUUCGGCAAGACGGCACAAAUAAUUGCCUUGAUCGUCACAACACCUGCCCCCAUGCAGCAAUUGGGCGCGAGCUCAGGAACGAAGGGAAUUUCUUACGUCAAUUCAAACAGACAAGACGACAGCAACGAUGGAAACAAUGAUGAUGCAGACGAAGACGAAAUUGACCAUGAUGACGACGAGGACAUAUGCCCAUUGUCGCAUUGUACAUUGAUCAUCGGCCCACCGAGAUCAAGCAAACAGCUUCUUCAUGAGUGCAAACGCUUCAUCAAACCUGGUAAAAAGGUUUCCAUUACGCCAUAUGCCAGAAAGCACGAAAACGAUGGAUUCGACUUGAACAUCUAUGAUAGAAGCGACUUCAUGUAA